AUGACAAGCUCAUUUGAACCAAAUAAUGAUAGAGAUUUCCCCGUGUCAGAUUCAGAUCAUUCGCUCCCAGAAGAGCCCGAAGACGAAAACCCAUAUGGGCUUGUCAAAUCCCGGACAGGUUGUAUUGAAUCUGGUCAAAGGCUCUUGUGCGCUCUAAGCCGAAGACUCAGUGAGCUGAAAAACAAUCCAAACAACGUCAGGGAUGCCGCCAUAUCAAGAGCCUUUCUCCAGCUUGGUGGAUACAGUGGAUACACGAGUACUCGUUCCAAGUUUAGGGAUGAAGAAAAUCCCCUCACAGGUGGAAGCGCUGGUUUUGAAUGCAUAAUGACCGCUUUCGAAGAUUUGAACCUGGAUAAAGAUAUGCUCUUCUCACGCGCAACUGUGUACGCCAAUUCCGAUGAAUCCUCUACGUCAGCCGACGAAAUGAAUGAGACGAAGAAGAGCUUAGUAGGCAUGAGCUAUUUUUCCCAAUCAGGAUCCGAUGGAGUUAUUAUCGUAGUAUUCAACAACAUGAGAGAAAACAAUAUCGCUUCUUCGAACGCCAAAAUUGAGCAUUGGAGCGAGCUACUCUAUCAAGUCAUGAAGAACGUAUAUUCUGAUAAUGUUCCGGAUAUCAGAUAUAUGCUUAUGGAUUCCAUCAGCAACCGCAGUACAAAACAACGCAUCAACGAAGCGCAUCUCCAUCACCCAGACAAAGUUUUCAACUGGAAAGGCACCUUCAAUCCUGAAUCUCCUGAUCCAAAAGAAGUGGAAACUUGCCAAUCAAUCGUGGGGAGUCCGAAAGGCGUCAGUAUUCCACACCUGUUGAUGGACUAUCCGGCCAGCUUUGGGCAGAAGAAAAUUGAGAGGAUUCACACGUGGUCAAAAGAUUGGAGGACGGCUCUGGCCUAUCUCAAAGAUAGAGCUGUGAUCGAAGUUGAGUGUAGGAGAACAGGGGGGUUGUGGCUUUUCUUUUGGUUUUGCAGUACUUGACUCAUUACUACAGUAGAUGGUGGUAUGGAAGUAGUGUUGUUUGCGGGUUUGUAUCAAGAACUAUUUGGAUCUAUUACAGAAGUGGAUACACCUGUUAUUUACCUAUUGUACGAGAGGGCAAAAAACCAGGUAAGUAAGAAGAUCAUAAAAACGAUACCCACUACCCUGUGAGAGGGUUUAGGGUUAGGAUUAUCUGCAAGGUUUUGAUGUAGAAUAGAGAUAGGUCUGGUUGCGUAGCCAACAUAAUGCAAUGAAGAUUGUGCAUCCUGGAUCAAUACGAGUAAGUGAAAAGAAAAGUGGGGAGGUCAAGACUAGCGCUUCAGGAAAAGAGCAUAACACGCAAGAAACUUGCAACCAAACAAGAAGUCGCGCACACGCAACAAUGAAAGUAACUUCCAAUCUGUCACAGCGCAAGUGCUAUAUCAUUUACAGAAUCACACAUCCCCCUCUCCGCGGUAUGUGACGACCACAACCAUUCCGUAUUGACGCGAUAUUGCAAGUGCAAAUAAUCAAUCUUUUGAUAUAGGAAUUCUCCAAUAUAAAAAGGAGUCGCCAUGAUGAACCCAAGCGGGUUGCAGACUUUCCACUUUCCGCAGUCACUGGGCUUGAGGAUAUUUGUGUUCAGAUCUUGGUGAAUGCGCGUGCCCUCUUCUCGAAGACACGCGCCAACCAUCACCACCUCUAUCCGGGCUUUCAAUACGAAGUAGACGAGGUUGUUACGAGUGUAACGGUCGAAUACUGUAAGUCGCAGCUCGUGAGAUCAAGUAGUAUGCGGCGUAUCCACGCGUGAUCCACUACAGUAUUCGGAAGGCGGGUUCGCGCCCGGGCCAAAUUACGGUAUGGAAUUUGAGCUAAAAAAGGCAAACAACUCCGAAAAAACCGAGUUUCGAGAUCUCAUGCAAACCCAGUAG